AUGCUUAAUGUUUCUGGUAUCUCUACGUCCUUGGAUUUAGUGAUACACUAUAUAGAAACACAUCACAUCGACAUUUUACUACUCACGGAAACCUUCUUGCUCAAAGGCGAUCUAUUCACUCAAUGGGCUCAACAUCAUCAAUAUGCUACCAUCUCAGGUGAUGCGUCCAAAGGCAAUGGUGGUUUGACAUUUCUAAUUCGACCUCAUUUUCCUCACUAUGUUCACCGUAGCACUGAUCCAACUACCACACAACACAACAAGCUCAGUAUCGUGAUUGGUAACUCGCUUACUGUCCAUGGCUUCUAUUUACCACCAGCGCUAUCUUUUGCAGACUAUCAAACUGUAUUGGGUAGUGUUGACUUCAACUCUUCAUCGGCAGUUAUUUGUCUUGGUGAUUUCAACACUCGUCUUGGCUUAUUCACUGGUGAUACCCGUAGUACGAAUCCUCGUAGCAACUAUCUCCUCAAUUGGCUUACAGUCCAUCAGGCUAAUCUCUGGAAUCGUAUUUCUACAUUUGGACAACCUACAUUUGAGUCUAAUCGAGGCACAAGCAUCAUUGAUUUCGUGAUUUCACGCCCCAAUAUAUUCUCGGCUAAUCCCUUGUUAUCUAUUGAAAGUGAUAUCAAUCUCAACUCGGAUCAUCACCUUGUGCAAUUCUCGUUUAAGCUACGCCAACAACCUCAACUCCUCCCAACAUCGACUUUGGCUGGCAACCGUCGUCUUUGGAACUUGCAACGUUUGGAAGAAAAAGACGUAUUUGAAUUAUAUCGCAAAAAUUUCUUUUCAAACAUUUUCAAACUGCAACAAGAGGUCAAGCACUUUAUGGCUUUUCAACAACAGCAACACCCCAAUUUGUUUGUGCUCUCUGGUGAUACAGCAACUAAGCAUCGGAAGGAGGCUACUAUCAAUCAACGGAUUAAUGCUACUAAUGGCUUCUAUUUCGAGGUUGUGGAAUCUCCCAAGGAUUUCAUUAACCGUGUUGGCAUCGAAAUGAUCCAGGCGAUCCACUCAGCACUUGAUAAUUCAGUAACACCAAGAACACCUAGGCCUAAAACCUGGAAAUUCUUUUGGGAUGCAGAGUUACAACAUUUGGCUGACAUUAGACAACAAUGCUACACUGAUUGGAAACAACACAAGCACCACAGAAGAUCAUUGAUUGGCUCAACACACCUCUGGUCUCUCUAUCAACAAGCUUGCAACAACCUCAAGAAGGCUAUCAAGGCUGCUAAACAAAGACAUUGGAAGAAAUUUUGUAAUGACAUGAGUGAUUCCUCUUCAAAUCAGGUGUAUUCCGUUCUAAAACGUUUAAGAAAGAAACACACUACUAAUCAUUGUUUCUCGCAUAGUGAAGGGCCUGAGGUAGCUGCAAAUGUAAUGGCAGAUUAUCAAAGACACAUUUUUGGGGGAGAUCAAUUGGAUUUUUCAACAUGGAGAGCCAGCAGAUCACCACUCCACCAGCACACCACUAAACCAACAUUCUUUUCUGCUUCAGCAAUCAAGCAGCAACUAUCAGCAAUGGGUAAUCGUAAGGCACCUGGAGAUGAUCAUAUCGUAAAGGAGAUGCUCAUGCCUAUAUGGUAUCCUCUUUGUAAUUUCCUCUCUGAGUUCUUUACUUUGUGCUAUACAUUUGCCUGGACACCUGCCUCUUUUCGAUCUGGUCUUAUUGUCCCUGUCUUCAAGAAGGGUGAUCCCAACUCAGCUGCAAACUAUAGGCCCAUCAGCCUCACCAACACUUUCAGAAAGCUCUAUGAACGAUGUCUCAAAUUCUGUCUUUUGACCCAUAUGCCGUCUCUUGGUGUUGCUCAAGGUGGCUUUCGAACCGCUCGCAGUGGAAUCAGUCAAACAUGGAAUCUCUUGGCUUUACAAAAGCAAUUUGAGCAGCAAUACGAUGUCUCACCAGCACUCAUCUUUAUGGAUAUCAGCAAAGCAUAUGACAGUGUUACUCGAUCCAAGAUCUGGCAACUACUUCAUCCUCAUCUACCAAAGGCUCUGUUUUACACCCUGCGGCAUCUUUUUGAUCAUGUCACUCUCAAUGUAGUCAUCAACAAUGCUACAUCACUGCCAAUCCAUCCAAAGCGUGGUUUGCUCCAAGGCUCCAUCUUGUCUCCAUUUUUGUAUGCCAUCUUUAUCAAUCAACUGCCUGCUCUGUUGUGUACUGCGCCUGUACGCUUUCCACUCUAUGUGGAUAUCGCUACUCGUGCUCGUACUGAUGGUGAUGGUCCUUCAGCUGACAUUACUGAACCUAGUUUUGCUCUUGUGAAAUACGGUGCAGGUCCACGUUUGUCUGAAACUGCCAGCAGCUGCUCUCCUCGUCUUGGUGUUGUUCGUCAAAAAACAGCUAUCCACUCUCUCUUGUAUGCUGAUGAUGUCUGUCUUAUUGCCCAUCGUCGUGAUAUGCCGUUACUGGUUCAACUGUGUGAGGAGUACUCGUUGCGAUUUGAUUUCAAGUGGAGUCCAACCAAAUGUGCUCUUGUCAACUAUCACUCUAGGCGUAGGCCUAUUCAAUUGUAUGGUAUCAAUGUCCCUAUUGUUCCUAGCUAUGAGUAUCUCGGCGUGCCCUUCAAUGCCUCUGGUAUUGAUAACAUUGCGUUCCUCAAUGCUAGCACAAAGAAGGCCAAGUCUACCAUGGCUCUCUUUCGUCGUCUUGGUGUCCAUCAGUAUGGCUUUGGUCUCAUGUUGGCACUUCAAGUGUAUCGGGUGUUUGUACGCCCCAUCAUGAAAUAUGCUCUUGCUCUUCUUGGUCUGAAUGCUACUUCUGCUAUGGCUAUUGAUCGCACUCAAGCUAGCUGUCUGAAAAUGACUCUCAAUCAAUCUGAACGGCACAACCCCCCGUUCAUGGUUCUCAAUAUGAUGGGUAAUCUGCCUACCAUGUAUACUCGUGCCCAGAUCUUGACUUUCAAGUUUUGGUAUUCGCUUCAGUUGAAAGCUCGUCCUUUUACUUUGGUGGAAUGCAUCCUGUAUACGCAUCAGCGUCUUAAAAUUGCUCCUGCUCUGUGGCGUCGUCUUAGCUCCAACAAGAUCUGGAAGUUGUACAAAUCGUCCCCCACUCACACCACUCCCCGUCUCAUUUGCGAAGAGUUUCAAGAUGCUCAAAUGUUGAAAUGGACUAGUCAAAAGUCAUCGUGUUUGCGUGCUCUGCGUGAAGACACAACUGGCUAUGACCCUCUCUUGUUUUAUCCGUGUACUCGGUUGGAGCGAUUGCGUCUGAUUCGAUGGCGUUUUCAUCAUCACCCAAGUUUCCCUCUCUCAGCUUGUCGUUGUGGCGCACCUAGUGCAAAUAGAUUUCAUUAUCUAGCCACCUGUCCUCUGGUUCAAGACAUUAUCAACCGCAUCCAUCUCAAUCUGCCUGAUGACUCCAUUCCUUUGGAUGAAUCCUAUGAUGACCAAGGUAUCGCUACCACUCAUAUUUUGGAUCGUAUUCUGAAUUCGCUACCUUCUAAUCUGUCUUUCUGUCUGGGCACACACUGGGAGAGAACUUGGCCUCUUGUUCUUGAGCUGAUUACUCAAAUUGACAUUGCAAACCAUCCUGCUGGAUCUUUUGCUGAGGAACCUCCUUCUGGAGAGCUUUUUGAACAUUAUUUGACUCAACAACAUCACUUUCAACAACAGCAGCAACAGCAACGACAGCAACAGCAGCAACAACUCAUUCAACAUCUACAACAUUGA